AGCUAAUGCCCAUUAAAAAAUUUUACUUCAGAUAAUGGGCACUGACUGCAUUUUUCUACUUCUAAGUUUUCUGCACUGUGGUAGUUUUAUCCUCCAUGUUUGUUAAAGGAGUGUAUUUAAAUAGUCCUUUUCUCUGGCACUGCCUAUUGCUCCUUACCACAGUCACAGUAAUUAAUAUGGUAACUUAAAGUUGCAUAAAUUACAAACUCUCAUUACACUGUCCUAGUUAAAAUCCUACAUAAGCAAAGGUAUAAUAUUAGUUGAAAAUAUUUUAAGCAGUCAUAAAUUACUCUUACUUUCGUACUACCUCUCCUUUCCCUCUGAACUGUCUUGUGUUCCAGAAGCUACUGGUCUCACCAGUAGUAUUCAUAAUCUCUCCUGUGGCUAUUACUGCCCAAAUUUUAGAGCUCCUAAUCGCACUAUGAGAGGCAUCUAACUGUUUGAGUGGUUGGCACAUAUCUGUCCCCUGCAUGUCAAGUCUCCUACCUGGUGAGUUCGUAAAAGGUCGUGUUUGGUCUUGACGUGGAUAGGGAACAUGGAUUUUUAUGCAUUACUUUAAUCCAAUACUAUGUCCGAGUUGCAUUACAGGGUUAAUCUGUUUGGGUUUUUUUUAGCUGAAUUUAAUCGUUAUCUUCCAGGAGACCACCUCAAUAAGAGGAGAAAUCAACUAAAAUUUAAUUUGUAUAUGUUAAAUCUAAUGCUGAGUUGGGGAAAUGGGUUAUCAAGAUUCAUCAGCCUACAAGUAGAUUUGCUUGGGCUCUAUAUUAGAUACACAAAGAAAAGCAGCCAAAUGGCCAAGUCAGAGCAAGGGUGAUGGACAGCAAAGCAAAAUAUACCCAUCCUCUAUUUCUGAUAGUAAUACUGGCAACACAGCAACCAUCAUCUCUCUCCAGAAAGAGAAGUGUAAGCUCAGAAUCUUUUCAGAAUUGCAAGCACGGUAAGGUUGAGAGCUUACAGCUGGAAGGACUGGGUCAGGGUAUAGCCUGGCCACUACAGGCCCACAACAGUCUGCUUGUAUUGUAGGCUCUAUUGCAUGUUUAGCUAAAUCUCUAGCCCUUGGUUAAUCCUGGUUCAGUUUUAAGCCUUCUCUAGCUUAUUGUCAAUGUUUGUGCCUCAUGGUCUCAGUUGUGCAACAGUUCCAUCAGAAACACAGUGACACAGAUACGUGUUUUACCAUGUGUUUCUCUCAAAUUUUAAUUAAGAAUUUUGAGGUAUUCUUGGAUAGCAGUUCAGAUUUUUGGACUGUUAGUCCUAAGGAUGACUAUGGUGUUCUUAAGAAGUCAGCCUCUGCAUUGAUAGGAUCAGAUCUGAGAACCUAGGUAAGGUAAAACGGCAGAACAUCACAAAGAAAAAUUUGUAGAAAUCUCAUGGAAUUCUGAAAACAAAAUGAAAAAUGUGGUUCACUUAUGAAGAGAGGGAGAAGUGGAGGGAUGACUUACAUUGUUCUUUUCGCUAUUGUCGGAUUAGUUUCCACAACACCAACAGGAAUAAAGAGGUUGCCGUUGCUGAGAACUGAACCUCAGCUACUUACCUGGAAUUAACUUUUAUGCAUAGUUGAAAUUCUUGCAUGUAAACACAAGGUGAGUUCAAAUACGUUGGAGAGUUUGAGUAGGUGGCAACCUCAUGUAUGCUUAGAGUUCAGAGAUGUACAGACCUCAUGAGACCAAGUAACUGCAGCCUGAAAAACAGAAAGCCUCCAGCGAAACUAUUUCCAGUGCAGUUGCAGCUGUAUAUAAGAAAGUUACUAAUCACAGUAUCAUUUUCUGUCUCCUUUUUCUGAUCCUAAACACCCUGCAGUGAAAAGCAAGCCAGUUAGCUUUUGCUAAUGACAGUAUAUCUUUUAGUUCCAUUUCUAUCAAUAAUUUUUUCUUUUAAGAACACUUUCACCAAUAAGACAGUGUACUUCUACUCAUAACAGUCAUACCAUGUUCUGUACCAUCUCCUAAAACUUAUCCUUUGCCAACAAAAAAAAAAAAUUGCCCAAUGUACCAUAGAAGAAUCUUUGCCAGUUUUGAACAUUUUGGGGAAUUUAGCAAAUUUGGCAAACAAGGGGAGUUAUGAUACUUGUACUUAUUUUUUUUUACCUCAGCUGUAACAAACAAAUGAAAAAAGGUUAUCUUGACUGUAAGUCCUAGCAGCUGUGAUUGUUUGAGACAAAGCACAAAUGAAAUAGAAUUGCUGGUCUAAUCAUUUAUGGUCUUAUCUUCAGAUAAAUGAUGGAUUAUACUAAAAUUACUCUCAGCUUUCAACUGAAUUGCAACUAAGGAUGGAAAAAUAUCAUGCUCCAAAUGACAUGGUGUUAGUAUUCUCUGUUGCACCAUUAUGUGAAAGAACUACAGAUUUUGGCCUGUCAGGUGUCUUUUGCAAUUUUCGUUCCAUUUGGGUUUUGUUUGAUAGCAAACUGUCCAGAUAUUUACUAUAUAACAACACUAGCUAGAAUGCUUGGUUACUAUUUGUGGUGUUUAUCACUUUUUAUUGUAGUUGAGUAGCAUUUCUCUUAUAGGCACAGAAAACGGGUAAUAACUGAAGACGACCUCACAGCAGGAAAGUGAAAUCAGAUUGGCAAAGCAUCCGUGAGUGGCAUGAUUGAAGACAAGACAAAAAGCACGCUGCAGCAAAAGGUGUGAGCUUCAUACUUUAUCCCUGAAACUAGGUUACAGCUGAAGGGAUCAAGAUGAUUCCAAAUUACCCCGCUGAAGAAAAUGUUAAAAGAAUCCACGUCGACUGUCCCGUUUCAGGGAGGCACAGUUACAUCUACAUUAUGGUUCCGACCGUUUACAGCAUCAUCUUCAUCAUAGGCAUAUUUGGGAACAGCCUGGUCGUUAUUGUCAUCUACUGCUACAUGAAAUUAAAAACAGUGGCCAGCAUCUUUCUCCUAAACCUGGCGCUGGCUGACUUGUGCUUUUUGAUAACUCUGCCCCUCUGGGCAGCCUACACGGCCAUGGAGUACCAGUGGCCUUUCGGCAACUGUUUGUGUAAGUUGGCGUCAGCCGGGAUAAGUUUCAACCUCUAUGCCAGCGUGUUCCUGCUCACCUGCCUCAGCAUCGACCGCUACCUGGCCAUCGUGCACCCGGUGAAGUCCCGAAUCCGCCGAACCAUGUUUGUCGCCAGGAUAACCUGCAUUGCCAUCUGGCUCCUGGCCGGCGUGGCCAGCCUGCCCGUCAUCAUCCACCGCAACAUCUUCUUUGCCGAGAACUUGAACAUGACGGUCUGUGGUUUUCGGUAUGACAACAAUAACACGACACUCCGGGUCGGAUUAGGUUUGUCCAAAAAUUUGCUGGGUUUUUUAAUUCCUUUUCUGAUCAUAUUAACGAGCUACACCUUAAUUUGGAAGACCUUGAAGAAGGCGUAUCAAAUUCAAAAAAAUAAGACUAGAAAUGAUGAUAUUUUUAAGAUGAUUGUGGCAAUAGUGUUUUUCUUCUUCUUUUCCUGGGUUCCUCAUCAAGUGUUCACUUUUCUGGAUGUGUUAAUUCAGUUACAUGUAAUAACAGACUGCAAAAUCACCGACAUUGUGGACACGGCUAUGCCCUUCACCAUUUGUAUCGCCUACUUUAACAACUGUCUGAAUCCCUUUUUUUAUGUUUUUUUUGGAAAAAACUUUAAAAAAUACUUCCUUCAGCUAAUUAAAUACAUUCCACCGAAUGUCAGCGCACAUCCAAGCCUAACAACAAAAAUGAGCUCCCUCUCAUAUCGGCCACCAGAGAAUAUACAUUUGCACACUAAAAAAACUGCUGGGCCUUUCGACACCAAUUGAUGUGUUUUGCAGUACACUAAUUUUGAACAACCUUGAGUAUGAAGCAGCAAGAAUGACAAGAGUCAUCUGCAGUCCUGAACAUCACAGCUUACUGCUCAUUGCAGAGACAUUAGAUCAUCUCAGAGAAAUCAUACCGUAAAGAUUUAGCAGUGGCCUUCCAUCUUACACUGUGAAGAGGACUGCUUGGUUUUCAUUUUGUUUUUCUUUACUAAAAGCAACAUAAAUGGUGGACAGGCAUGUCAGAGUUCCUGCCAGUGUCCUGCUGUUUUUACUCAGAACUACAAAAGAAGGGUACAGAAAACUCCUAUCUUAAGUUCAGAGGUGUUUUAAAAGGAAAAGCUUGUAUAAAUUAUAUGAAAUACAAAGAAGCUGUUUUGCAUAUAUGUGAGCAAUUUUGUUCAGGGAGUUAGUAGAACUAUGUUGCUUCUUGGUGUUUUUUUAAUGACAUAAAUGUCCUAUCAUCAUAUUUAUAAUAUAUUUUCAAAUAUAUUCUAUAUAUAGAGGCCCAAUUUUAAACUCAAAUGGAAAUUGAAGGUCUUUGAAAUUGGUCUCAUUCUGAUUUAUGCUACUGUUUUUCUUUUUUUUUUAAUGGUAAUUUUUUCAUAAUAAUAUAUGCAAUAAAAUGCAGAUUUAUUUAUUAAAUAUAGAGGAAAUAUAUUUUUAGAUUUAUAUUCCUACUCAUACAUUUCAAACAUUGCUUCAGAAAUGUACAUUUAUAUCCCAGUGUGUAUUUUUAUGGUAGUUUAAAAAAUAACUAUAUGUGUGUGCGCACAAAAAUGGGGUUCACUCAACCUUCCCUUCUGAUAAGCCACACUGUCUUUGAAGAACUUUACAUACAGAGGGAGUUGACUGCAUAGUCUGUAUGACCAAAAGUAAAAUUCUCUAUUUGAAAACAUGAGUUCUGGGAAAGAGCUGAUCAGAAAAUUUCAAACUGUUUUUGUAUAAGAACCAGGGCAUUCAGUGAGAGAAAUGACCAACUAAUCAAAUCUACUUAGUUUUGAAAAUUCCUGCACAUUUAGUAACUCACAUUCUGAUAAGCAAAAACAUGACAGUGCUCAUAUAUCAGUUUAACUAAUAACACUUUUAGUCCCAUCACAAAACAUCCAAGAUCAAACUUUACUUUUGCUUUUAUGGAGUUUCUCUCCAUUUAUACAAAACUAUGCCUAGAGUAUUUGCUCCCUGUAGAAACUUUUUUAUGUGUAUGGAACAAAUUCAAAUUUAUACUAGCAUAAAUCAGAACUAAAGUCUGGCUCAAGCUCUCAAUACAAAUAAGGGGGGAAGGUGAUAAUCACUGUAGGAAGUUUCAACUAAUGAUAUCAUAAUUUGUCCUUUUUACCUCAAAUAAUGAGUUCCAGAUAAUAUUUAUUCUUGAUUGACACCCACUUACUGUCUUCAGAGAUAAAGUUCAUAAAUACUUUUUGACAUUACAAAACUUAAGAAAAAUUCCAAAACUUUCCAUAUAUCAUGUAGACAAUUACAUGACCCUUGAGAAUUUGCAGUAUUUAUAAUUUUCAGAAAUUUACAUCUAAUGUGGCUCUGUCUCAAGUAGCAAGUGCUUGGAGUAUCAAUGUUUUCUGAUGAGGAAAAUCAAAACACAGCAACAAAAAAAAAAAAGAUAUUUCUGUAGUUUAAAACUUUUCACAGAAAAAUGGGACUACAACCAGGUCUAGGAAUCUUAGUGCUCUUUCAUUCACUUACUUUAAAGAAAAUUUUUUUCAGUUUUGCCUUUUUUCUUCUAGCUGCAAAAUGGGAAUAAUGUAUGUGUCUACUGAUAUAUGCCACAAGACAUGGUGAGGAGUCACUGAAACUUCUAAAGCUGUAUGUUAAAAAAAUGCUCUUUCAUUAAAGGUUUAAGUUAAGUUAAUUGCAAGCUAGUAUCUCAAAAUUUGAAACCUGAACAUGUCAUUUAGAGACAUAGUUAAAUUAUUAUACAGAAUACUUUAUAGUUAGCUUAUGUCUGUCCUUACAUGCAAGCCAGCUAUUAGUUUAAAAUGAAUAUGGCAAUAACCUGUGCAUUAUCAACAGCAUCCAGAGCAGUACCAGUGCCCCAACUCUCUGUAAGCUGACAAAGGACUGACAGAGCUUGCCAUUUAUCGUAUGACACUUUUUUCAUGUACACACAUACAUGUGCUAAGCAGCAUCAGGAGCUUACCCUGGCGGAAGCAUCUCUGUUCAGCUGUAAUUCAGUGUGCUGUGCUUGCCACCUGCUGGAUGCAGCCACAAAUAUGUUUUUCAUCUCAAAAGUUGUUAUAGGAAGAGACAGCAACAUUUCCCUGCCACCUUGCCCAUCUGGGAGACAGUUAACUUCCUUGGCAGGGUCUAAGCAAGCAUUUCCUCAUCACCUGCUCAUCUCUUUGGUCACUGAAACCCAAUGUCCCCAGUGACUCCAAUAGGCAGCUCAUUUGCAAAAUGUUGACUGCAUUAGAGUCAUAAGAUGCAUAAGAGCCAUCUCAAAGAAGAAAUAAAGAUCAAAGCCAUUGGUUACUGAUUUUGCUCAUUUCAUGCCAGAUGCUGUAUUUUUAAAAGACUGUGUAUCCUAGGCCGCUGGUGCCACCUGUGCCUACUUGGGUCAUGGGAAGAAGCACAAGGCUGGGUUGCUGCAGGAAAGGUAGGAAGGGAUUGCAGCUGGUGUGCUUUGAGGGCAAGACUGACCUUGAAUCAAUAGGCAAAGAAAGCAGAGGGCAAAGCUGCUGUUAAAUAAUGCUGGGAAAUUUUUGUUCUGCUAAUGAGUAGGAAAUUAGCUGCCAAGAAUAGUGGAUUCUAGUUUAGUGUUCCCUUAAAAGGAAAAAGGUAAAUUAACAAAUACUAAAAAGUAUCCAGAGACAAAACUCUUCAGGAACUCUAACUGGGUAGUGGCAGGAAGCAGACUUUCGGAGCACAGAGUUACUGUGUACAGCCACCUCCUGCAGUUCCAGGCAUCCCCACAAUGCCCCAAACUGACAGCUAAUAGAAGAGCUCCCAUUUCCCUAAGGACACCCACACCACCUCCAUCACGUAUCCAGCUGCAGCACGUUGUUGCUGAGCCCAAAACUCCCCUGCCCACCUAUGAGCUGAAAAUGCUGUGCUGGACCCUGUGCACGGGGCAUUGGAGAGCACACGGAGACAGAGGGAAUGGUCUGGCCUUUGCUCUGGACAUUUGGCUGUGUGGUCCCUACUGAGCACACGUAGGAGAUGGCCAGAAUAUCCUUUGAUUCAAGGAGCUACCUGGUACCAACAGAGGAGAAGGGAGUAAGAUUUGGCUCUUGACAGUUGGGAAACUCUGGGUUGAGCCCGCUCAGAACAGAACUAGCUGUAGAUGUUUGAGAACAAACUCCCACUAUCUUAAAGAACACAAAGUUAAUUAAGAUGUAAUAGUAUGCUAUUAUUUUUAAAAGGAGUAUCCACAGUGCUUUCACUCACGAUGACUAAAGUAAAAUAAUUGACAAACUCUUAGUCUACCCCUGUGCUCUCCUGGUGUGAGGAGCUCAAGUCAGUACUAAUGGGGACAGCAUAGAGACCUAAAUACAGGCUUCACAACUCCUGCCACAGUGAUAUUUUGUUGAUUUAUUUGAAUAAACUUUGUUUUCUGCUGAAUAAUUACUAAAUCACAUUUGACAUGCAUGUGCAUAAUAUUUAUUUCUAUUUAUUGUGCAAUAGUAUUUUAUAUGACUCCUGUUUCAUGCUUGGCUACCUGCUUGCCCACUAUAUGCCCAUCCUAAAUCAAACUAUAUAAUCCACACUAGUUAGCCCAAAUUCCAACAAAACCACUAUAGAUACAGUGGGAAUUAAUCUGGCUUCUUGAUGUAACAAUUUCCUCAUGUUUACAUUGUUAACCAACAGGUUGCAGAGUAAGCACAAGGCCAAAAGUCUUUUAUCAGCAUUACUAUUUAGGUGAUAGUUUCCAUCAUCUACUUGAAAUUGUGACAGCAGCAGAGGAUACAGUAGGAUUCCCAGGUUUGGUUUAGUUUUGCUUGAAUAGCUUCAGCAAAGGUUUCUCUUACUGACCUCAUUUUUAGGUAUACUAAAGUGCAAGUGUUCCCAGGGAGAUAUUUGCCACUGAAAGGAGAAACAAAUACUUGGGAGAGGGUGGUAGGAAGCCUAAAGCAGGGACUUGCUGGUUUUGGAAAUAUAAAGUGUUAAAUGUAAAUAUUUAUUUUUAUUUUUGCAACAGAUUGGAGGCAGGGGGAGGGCACAAAAAAAAAUAAAAAUCUUUCAGCUUAGUUAAAUCUUCCAGAAAGUUUUGAGAGGUUCUUUUUAAGUUUCCUAAUAACAUCCUGCUCAGUUUGGAACAUGUCAUAAUACCAUUCUUACACUGCUCACAAAGUCAGGGUCUCCAGCUCUGCUCUUGUGCAUCACAUUACAGGCUUGGCCAGACCAUCAUCCCACCAGCUUGUGCAAAGUGGAGGCUGCUCUAUCAGUCACUGAGUCCACCUCAACAGCGACCUCACAACCAAGGCUGAACUAACAAAUCCUCAGAGCUAACAGCAAAGCCAUCAAGCUCAUUGUCACCAGAGAGCUCUGCAGAUGUGACUGCACUGCAGGGACAGGCACAGACCAUGUCUGAGAACAGCAUUGUGAGAUCUUUUUAGUGGACCAGUGCCAUGGCCUGCAGUUUUGUACUCCAGUAAUUUAAGUAACAAAACUAGGGUUUAUUUUCUUUUCAAUAUUUUUGUGCAGUUGUAACUUGUGAAGCGGUGGAUGUUAACAUUUUGUGUUUCAAUAGAGAUAGUUUUACAUUGUAGAAGUUUACUACAACUAUAAAACAACUUUUAUUGUGUGAAGUAUUACUAAAAACAUACCUGUGAUCAAUAAAUGUGUUUGUGAAAACCA